AUGCAUUUUGCGAAAAUAAUUAUUUUACUGUUAUCAGUACACGAAAGUUGCUUGGCAUUAUAUAUUAAAAGGGCAGACAAAAUGCCAGAAGCUACCAGAAGAGCUGGAGGCAACGCAAAGGCUCGGAAAGAUGAGUGGGGUGUCUUUCAGAGCACACUCGGACUAUCACAAGAGAAAAUCGAUCUUCUAAAAUCACAAAAGGACCAACAAGGAACGAAAGAAUUACUAAACCGGUUCAUUAGGGAAAAUUCGAAAAUGUUAAUGUCCCAAAAAACGACAAACAGGGACGAGUUUACGAGUUUUUACAGAUCAGUGCUUAAAAAGUUAACAGCAUCAAAGGGCAUGCUCAAAACUUCCCUGAAUUUCGAGCUGGAAAAUGACGAUAAGCCUCUGAAACCAAUGAAGAGAUCUCGCCGAAAGAUUGCAAUUAAGAUGGUGUCCGACGUGCCGUCAGAGAAUGUUGACUAUUUAUUAAAGAUGUUCUAUCAGAAACAUAAAAUUCAUUCAAAUUAUCACGACCGUGAUCAUAUCCCAACCGAUUCUGAUAAGGAUACUGAAUACGACUUUGACAAUCUUUAUGAUGAUGAGGGCGAUGUUGGGCUUAUAGCUAAGUCACGUCAAAGCACGGAGUACGGAUCCUUCCAAGAUCUAAUUAUGCAAUCGAAAAUGAUCGAGUGGGAGCGUGAGAAUGAAGAAACCAAGCUGCAUAGCUCGAGCAAUGACCACUUUAUUUAAAAUAUAUAAGUGUCUACAUAAGUUGUGUUAUUAAAGGGCAGUGGGCGGUGCAAUAGGGGUUCAUAUGCUGGCAUUGAACUUAUGUGAAGCUUAAGAUAGUA